AUGACAGCAGCUGUAGCAGGACACCAAAGUGUGUUUGAUCUCCUCGUGUCAAAGAAGGCUGACCUGACACUGCUGGAUGACAGUGGUAAUAGCUUACUUCAUCUUGCCUGUAUUGGAAGUAAUACAGCUAUACUGCAACAUGUCUUGUCACCCUCCAACAUCAAUACUAGAGGACAGAAUGGACGUACACCUGUAAUGGCAGCAGCUGUAGCAGGACACCAAAGUGUGUUUGAUCUCCUCGUAUCAAAGAAGGCUGACCUGACACUGGUGGAUAACCAUGGUGACAGUUUACUUCAUCUUGCCUGUAUUGGAGGUAACACAGCUAUAGUACAACAUGUUGUGUCACCUUCGAACAUCAACACUAGAGGACAGAAUGGACGUACACCAGUCAUGGUAGCAGCUUGUAAAGGACACCAAAAGGUGUUUGAUCUCCUUGUGUCAGAGAAGGCUGAUCUGACACUGCUGGAUUACCAUGGUGAUAGUUUACUUCAUCAUGCCUGUAUUGGAGGUAACACAACUAUGUGCAACAUGUCUUGUUACCCGGUAACAUAA